UAUUCAACUGGGAGAACUUUCACACCCAGGGACCCAGCUCCCCCUCCCUGAGCUCCCAUUCUAAAUCUUCAUCCCUCCUCCCAGGUCCCCCAGCCCUGCACUGCCCUGAAUAAUUUAUGAGUCUAAGAAGGCCUUAUAAAAGGGUCUCCAAGGAAAGGCCAGAAGAAUGCAAGAGGUUCUGAGAAAUAGGAGCCCCUACAGCCUGCCUGGCUUCCAAUCCCCUAAGGAUGGACUCUUCUGUUCCUGCUGCUGCCCCUGUCCCAGCCCUGGCCCUGGUCCUAGCUCCAGCCCUCCCGCAGGCCCCCCAGGCACCAUCUGGCCUAUUAAGUCCAUCACCACUUGCUUCCAGACAGCAUGUAGGUGGCAGUGAAAGAGGAGCUUGCCUUUGGAGGCCCUGGCUGUCCUCUACAAAUGACCCACCAACGGAGGUGAGGAAACUCAUAGACUCGGCUACUGGUGGGGCAACAGGUGCCAAAGUCACCAAGGCUAACUCCGAGUUCCAUCACCCUGUCAGGUUCUUCUGGCCUAAAUCCCACUCUUUUGACUACCUGUACAGUGAUGGGGAGAUUCUGCUGCAGAACUUCCCUGUCCAGGCCACCAUCAAUCUAUAUGAGGACUCAAACAGUGAAGAGGAGGAGGAAGAGGAGGAGGAGGAGGAGGAGGAAAAGGACAAAGAAGAGGAGAAAAAAGAGAAGGCAGAUGAAAAGGGGCUCGAAGAGUGUGUGAGGGCACCACACAUAGCCACAGCUCAUCCUCCUUCCCCACUCUUGAUGUGCCCAAACUGAACCGGUCAGAGUCUGAUUGGGGUUUAGUAUGCUUGGCAAGCCUCUAGAGCAUCAGUUUGACAGGAAUCUCCGGAUAUAGCCCUCUGUAUUGAAACUUGGGUUCUUGAGUCAACAGGUCACUCUGGCUAUAUUCAACUGGCCUAUGAACAUAGACCUCGGGCACCUCAUUGUCUGUUUUGCUGUUGUGUUGAGUGAGAAGGUCCAAGGAGCUCUAGGAGAAGAGUUGCUUUCCGAAGUCCCCUGGAAGCAGAUCAAGACAAUGCAUGCCCAUGUGGAGAGGAACAGUUACUCUUUGUUGGUGGCGGGGGGGAAUCUUUGACUCCCCAGCAUUCCAGCUGGCCACAGAGUCCUGUCUUCCCACAGAAAGCCUGACAUCUGGCUUCACCUCCAGGGAUACAACCGUCAGAUACAAGUAAAGUCGAGGCACCUCUCUGAUGGGCCUUGCAGGAAAGGAAAGGGGCAUCUAGAAAAUCAGCUUGCUUUGAGGGCCUCCCUCCAUUUUGCCUGCUAUCGAUUGGGGUCUGUGUGUUGGUAUGAAACGAAUCAGGAGAAAAAUAAACUAGAUGAUGUGUGCUCUUUUCCUGGAACUGUGAUUUCUUAACUGAACUAUGCCCAUGUUGUGAAGCCACAGGCAGAGGGUCAGAGAACAGCUCAAGGCCAAUUCAUUGCCUUACCUGAGGUCAGUUGACAGAUUUUACUCCAUGGGAAUAUAGGGCCAGGGACCCAGCAUGGGGCCAGGCUCUCUCUGUCAACUUGUGAAAUCAGUUAGGCUUGAUUAAACUUCGAAGGCAGCUUAGGAAAGUAGCAAAAAGGCCCCCCAAAAAGCAGCUUGAAAGUUGGGAGGAUGGCUGAGGGGAAGAGUGAGAGGUACAGCCUCAGUUGAGCUUUGGAGAUAAGCAUAUGCCUGUUUUGGGGGAGCGAUCAGAGGGUUACUAACCCCCUGUCAACUUUAUCUCCUCGAUUCCCUUUGUAUCUACCACAGCUCAGGUCUUCAUGCCUCUGCUGCCUCAAUUACGCCAACUAAUGUUCUUGCCUCUGGCGGGUCCCUUUGCAAUUUACCUCCUCACUGGCCACCAGGUCACACCAUGUUGUGCCCCUGUGUAAAACCUUACCAUGGCUCUUCCCUGACUCCCCAACAGUUGGAUUUAUCCUUUUUUUUUUUUUAUUUUGAUCACAGACGCUCUUGAGAAUCUAGGGCUUCUCUAUUCAUAUAUUCACAAACCAAGUCCUUAACUUGAUAUUCUAGGCUGUUCAACAGCCUGGUUCUUGCCUGUCUCUUCAGACUCAUCUCUUGACAGUUGAAGCCUAUGCUAUCUGUCCUUGAACAUAUCAUGCUUUCUAACACCGUUUAUGACUUUAAGCCACUGUCUGGAAUGCCUCAACACUUUUGUAUGUCUGUAAGCUCCCAUUCAUCCAAUAGGACUAGCUCAGACACGUUCCUGUGAGGAGCCUCUUUACACCUUCCAAUCCAGGUUGGACAUCCCCAUAUAUUCAGUACCUCCUCUGCCAUAGCAUCUGCCUCUCUUCCUAUGCAGUAAGAUGGGGCUGUGUUUGAUAACCCCUUUUGACUUUAUCACACAGCAUGCUGCCUGGCACAAAGGACAUACAUACCCAGGAAAUGUUGAAGGAAAAAGAUUCUCAGGUCUUCUUAAAGAACUGCCCCUGUCCCUCCACUUGCUAGCUUCCCAUAUCUUUGUUUAGCUACAAACAGGGCGAGGGAACGUCAUCUGACUCCAGAACAAAAUGCUGGCCAUAUCUCCUCCUCCUUCCACUUAAGAAAGGCUGCUUCAGUUCUGAGCCCUAGCUGGGAAGUGCCUGACCUUGGACAGACUUUGAGCAGGCCACCAAACACACAUUGGUGCCAUCUAUUGGUCAAGAUUUAACCUAUUUCCUUAAUGAAGGCCACCAGACAGUUGACCUUUGACCACUGUAGUUCUUCUAGUCCAUCCUGUUUCUACUUAUAAGUAAAGCAGAAACUACCAUGUGCUAGCUGUAUGACUUUGGGCAAGUGACUUAUCCACUCACAGCCUCAGUAUCCUCAUCUGUCAAAUGGAGAAAGUAAUACUUCCUCUUAGGGGUUGUUGUGAGGAUUCAAAGAGACAAUAGAUGUAACGUAUUUAGCACAGCCCUGGCACAUAGUAACAGCACUCAGUAAAUGAUGGUAGUCAUCACAAUCAUAGCUAUAGUAGUGAUUACUAUUAAUUUUAUAACAGACAUGAGCUUAUCUGUAGAGUCGGCUAAUGACUGCUUUACUCAACUAAUGGAUAAUUUAUCCUGAUCCAUGUGAUCUCUCUGGCACCAUUUGGUUUACCAGUAGAAGAAUCUUUGUGAUUUUUUUUUUUAAAAAAGAGGUCAAAUGUGGCUUCCUGGGCCACUCUCUACAGGUUUCUGGCCCCUUUUUCAUAGGACAGAAGUUUCAAAACUUAUUUUUUGUGCUUUAGCAGGAACACCCUUCUUUUGAAUGGAAUGCAGAAGCCCAAUAUACAAACCAAAUGAAGAGGGAGUUGCCCUGGUAGAAGGCACAAUAGCUGAUGCAGAAUUCAUACCCUGCUGUCCUCUCUCCUGUAAACUAACUCUCUCCACCCCUCUGUGAGGCACCUUCGGGAAUCCCUAGACUGUUGGGAAGAUGGUUUGGAGACUGGUGUCCCAAGGGUUAAAACAAGAUUGAUUUGAAGCCGAAGGCGGAUUAGUAUUUUAACAUGUCCAGUGUUCCAUUUAAAACCCUUGUUUUGGGUCCUAAGCUCCCAGAAUUUCAUAGCUCAAAAAUUGCUUGAGUCCUUGUGCCAUAGGUUGUAGGCAUUUAAAAUCCUUGGAAUCCCAAUAUCCUUGGUUUUAGGGUAUUAUAUAGCAUAGAAUUACAAAUCCCUAAAUCCCCAGGGGCUUAAAGACCCUAAAGCCCUUGGAGCACUAAUUCUUAACUCAGAAUGAGCUCUUCUCACUUUUUCUCCCCUCCUCCUCCUUACUGCACACGUGCUAUUGGUCAGUGGCAGACAUUUUAUCUACCUUUCCUCCCAGUCCCCUACCCCUGAAAUGGCUUCCAAUCUCCCUCCCCACACAUGGUUGCUAAGUGAUUGGAAUUCACUGUUAUGACUAAUGAGAGCCCAGUGUGAA